AUGACUUGGCUGUUGCUCCUCCUGGUAAGCCUGCUGCCAGCCAUCCUGUGCCGGCUACUCAUCCUCUUCGUCGGUGCACUGUACCCGGCAUACGCGUCCUGCAAGGCGAUGGAGUCACGGAAUUCACGGGAUUACGCCCAUUGGAUGAUGUACUGGGUCGUCCUGGCCCCCCUGCUCACCAUGGAGCCCAUCGUCGACUGCAUCAUCGCCGACAUCCCCCUGUGCAACCAGCUCAAGAUGGGCGUUGUCCUUUGGUUGCAGUCUCCCACUAGCAGAGGGGCGAGCCUAAUAUUCCGCAACGCCAUUUUACCAAAGUUUGCGCGCCGCGAGAGGGAGAUUAGCGUCUGUGUGGCUAAAAUCAUGGCAGAAGCCGCUCGCGUCAGACCAGGGAAGUACCUUACGCACGAACCUAUUUGCUCAGUGCUGAAUCGCAUGCGAAGUUAUAGUCUUGAUGGUGUGCCCUCGUCGAAUGGUCAGACGGCUGCCCAGGAGUGUCGCGUUCCCGCGCGGUUAUCGGCGAACUAA